AUGAACGGUACUUUCAGAGCCACGCCAGCACAAAGGAACUCCAAAUAUUGCUCCCAGUCCGCAUGAAAACUCUCAGGACCCAUCAGUUGGAACUGCCGUCGUGAGUGCGACAAUGCGGCCCACUUUCCUAGCACUGCUGCUCAUCACCCGCUUUGGAGGAUUUCUUGGCAUUGGAUAUGAAACAAUGUGCACUUCCAACGCCUGCUUCACGCUACACACGCAGAAGGUGAGCUUUGACAAGGCCGAUCGAAGCUGUUUCGAUAAUGGAGGCUACCUGAUGACAGUCAAAGACAAAGAAGAGGACCAUCAUCUCCACUCGCUCCUCUCGUUGGUCCAGCAGGACAAGCAUUUCAAGUUCUGGAUCGGGUUGAAGCUGCAUAAAGGGGAUUGCGUGUUAGCCGACAAGCCACUCAGAGGCUUCAAGUGGAUCUCUGGGGGGGGAGACCCGCACUUCUCCAACUGGGAGAAAGAGCCCGUGGACACGUGCACUGAGCGAUGCGUGCGGAUUACCUACAACCCCACAGGUGAGAACACUUUGAAAUGGACUGCCGGACCUUGCAAAACUCCCGCCUUUUAUGUGUGUAAGUUUUACUUCAAAGGAAUGUGCGAUGCGCUGCUUCUGUCGGGCUCCGGACGUAUAUCAUACACGGCUCCUUUCUCCGAGGAACCCCUGCAAGCUGAGAUCACAUCCCUGCCACUCGGAACAUACGCCAAGGUCACGUGCGGUGCUCAGGAGUCCCACUUUUCUGUGUGCAUGCGGAGCAACGAUGAGUAUCAGUGGACUGUGCAAGGUCCGUUUUGUGAGACCGAGAAGGGGAAAUGUGCGGUCAACAACGGCGGGUGUGAACAUCUGUGCCUGCAGGACUCGGAUCAGGUCCGAUGCCUCUGUAACCAAGGUUUCACCAUUGAGGAGGACGGACGCUCUUGUAAGCCACAAGGCGUGUGCGCCGCGGACGCUUGUGAGUACGAGUGCUCGGCGGGGGAGUCUGGACCGGUCUGCAAGUGUCCCGACGGGUUCAAACUGGAGGCAAACCUACGUAACUGCUCUGACACUGACGAGUGCCAACAACCGCACGCAUGCCCUGAUCAUUGGUGUGUCAACACACAUGGCAGCUACGUGUGCGCAUGUAAGGAUGGCUUCCAAAUGCUUCAUGGCAAAUGUCUGGAUUUAGACGAGUGUGCACACUCCGAAUGUGAACACGGCUGCUUGAACACACUCGGAUCCUUCUUCUGCUACUGCCAAGAUGGCUUCACAUUGUCAGCGGACGGCUACUCGUGCACGGACGUCGACGAAUGCACCGCCGAGCGCUGUCACUUCGAAUGCGUCAACACCGAAGGGAGUUUCAGGUGCGUAUGCCCCGGGGGGUUGCGUGCGGACACCACCGGAACAGACUGUGUUCCGGACGUGACCGAUGCACCGUUGCAUGAGUUAAAGGGGCAGGCGACACAUGCCACCGUCACCGAGACUGUGUCUACGAUGGCAGUGGAGAUCCAGAGAUCCACUCCCGCGGAUGUUGCUCUCCCGCACGUGCCGACUGUCACGCCGAGCAACGCGUCCCUGGCCGCCAGCGCCAAGGCGGCCAGCUCCAGAGUGCUGAUCUGUGUGCUGGGCUCAGUCCUUCCUUUGCUGCUUUUGGUCCUGGCAACAAUGACCGUCGCCAUCGUCCGCUGCAGUCGGGCUAGAAAGGAAGCAAAGAAAACGGCGACGGACGGUUAUUGUUGGGUGUCCUCCGGUUUAGACCCACGCCUCGAGAAACUCUAUGAAUCCAUUUUAACUGAUGACCUAUGACCUCAUGGAGGGAACUGCCUUCGUUGUCUGUAUAAUUUAUCUUCAUGCAUUCUUAUGUUCUCUUUCUUUCUGAUUCCUUGCACACUCCCAUGCACUCACAGACAACUCUAGGGUUGACCUGUUGUUGAUUGCCAGCACAAGAAUAUGACAAUAAUAGUCCAUCCAUCCAUCCAUCUUAUUCCGCUUAUCCGAGGUCGGGUCGCGGGGGCAGCUCUUCCCGGGGGAUCCCGAGGCGUUCCCAGGCCAGCCGGGAGACAUAGUCUACCCAACGUGUCCUGGGUCUUCCCCGUGGCCUCCUACCGGUCGGACGUGCCUUAAACACCUCCCUAGGGAGGCGUUCGGGUGGCAUCCUGAGCAGAUGCCCGAACCACCUCAUCUGGCUCCUCUCCAUGUGGAGGCUUUACUUUGAGCUCCUCCCGGAUGACAGAGCUUCUCACCCUAUCUCUAAGGGAGAGACCCGCCACCCGGUGGAGGAAACUCAUUUGGGCCGCUUGUACCCGUGAUCUUGUCCUUUCGGUCAUAACCCAAAGCUCAUGACCAUAGGUGAGCAUGGGAACGUAGAUCGACCGGUAAAUUGAGAGCUUUGCCUUCCGGCUCAGCUCCUUCUUCACCACAACGGAUCGAUAUGACGUCCGCAUUACUGAAGACGCCGCACCGAUCCGCCUGUCGAUCUCACCAUCCACUCUUCCCUCACUCGUGAACAAGACUCCCAGGUACUUGAACUCCUCCACUUGGGGCAAGAUCUCCUCCCCAACCCGGAGAUGGCACUCCACCCUUUUCCGGGCGAGAACCGGAAUAAUAGUGUUGACAAUAAUAGUGUUCUAUAAAUUAAUUGAUCAAUAUAGUUUUAUAUUGAUAUAUAGGACAAGGAAAAAGGAGGAUUAGCUCCAAAUUCUUCAGGAGGUUGGGUCUUGGGUGCAGUUGGGUGUUCCAACAGGACAAUGACCCCAAACACACCUCAAAAGUGGUAAAGGAAUGGCUAAAUCAGGCUUGAAUGAAGGUUUUAGAAUGGCCUGACUUAAAGGUGUGGACAAUGCUGAAGAAACAAGUCCAUGUCAGAAAAGCAACACAUUUAGCUGAACUGCAGCAAUUUAGUGGUCAAGUGGUCAAGCAGAAGCUUGUGGAUGGCUACCAAAAGCGCCUUAUUGCAGGUCAACUUGCCAAGGAAGCAAAUAUUAACAUUGCUGUAUGUAUACUUUUGACCCAGCUCACAUUUUCAGUAGACACAUAAUAAAUUCAUAAA